CUGGGAGUGCGUGGCCAUCCUCGAGGACGCGCAGGGCCGCACCAUCCGCGCCUGCGAUAUCGUGCCCGUUGCAGGUCGCCCGAUGGCCGCUACUUGGCGUCCGUGAGCUUCGACGCCACCACCGUCAUCUGGGAGAAGCAGGGCAGCUCGUACGAAGUCAUCUCGAGCCUGGAGGGCCACGAGAGCGAGGUCAAGAGCGUGGCCUGGAGCCCGUCGGGCUCCUACCUGGCCACCUGCAGCCGCGACAAGAGCGUCUGGAUCUGGGAGGCCGACGCCGACACGGACUUCGAGUGCAUCUCGGUGCUGCACGGCCACACGCAGGACGUCAAGUUCGUGGCCUGGCACCCGACCGAGGACCUGCUCGUGUCGGCCAGCUACGACGACACCGUCCGCAUCUGGGCCGAGAACGACGACGACUGGUACUGCAAGGAGACGCUGGCGGGCCACACGUCCACUGUCUGGGGCGUGGCGCUCAACCCGCAGGGCACGCAGAUGGCCUCCGUGUCCGACGACACGGACGUGGUCGUCUGGCAGCGUGACGUCAAUAGCAAGGAGGUGAACGAGGACGGAAGCCCGAAGGAGUGGAAGCAGGCCUUCACGGUGUCUGGCUGCCACGAGCGCACCAUCUUCAGCGUGGACUGGUCCAAGCACGGCGACUUGCUGGUGACCGGCGCCGCCGACAACGCCAUCCGGGUGUUCCAGGGCCAGCCGACAGAUUCGCCCUCCUCGUUCGAGCUGGCAGUUCAGCAGAAAGAGGCACACGCGAGUGACAUCAACUGCGUGCGGUGGAGUCCGCAACUGCAGGAGGACGGUGGCAAGAAGGCACUGCUGCUCGCGUCUGCAAGCGACGACGGCCUUGUGCGCAUCUGGAAGUUGCAGUUGCCCUAG